CCACGAAGCGUCCCAGUUGCUCAAAUGGGAGUAGGCGAGCUGGGAUAGGCUGGGAGUUUGGUCGGGGCAGUCAGCGGGUCGGGACAAGGCAUGAGAAAGGGGGGGAAAGGAAGAACCGAUUAUUAACUUCUGGCUUGCGAGAGUCUGAAUGUUGGACAGGAAAUUUUGACGUGGGCAGCUUUACGGGGAGAAAAAAAGGCGUUUGUUCAGAUCGAUCCCAGCCAUUCGGAUGACAAAGAAGCGUCGCAGUGUAAACUUUUUCAGCCGGGUGUGAUCGCUCGAAAAAAAACCCGACAGGGAUAUCUGCUUUUUUUUUCAACGGAUCCGUAAAAAGAAGGGGACAUCAUGCCACGGCGCACCGUGCAAGAAGUAACUGUUCAAGAUGUCCAGAAGCGGAGGAAUCCGAACAAACACUACGUUUACAUCAUCAAAGUGUCCUGGAGCGAUGGCAGUACAGAAACCAUUUACAGACGCUACAGCAAGUUCUUUGACCUGCAGAUGGAAUUGCUGGACAAAUUCCCAGUGGAGGGAGGCCAGAAAGACCCUAAGCGCCGGAUCAUUCCAUUCCUGCCAGGAAAGAUUCUGUUUAGGAGGAGCCACAUCAGGGAUGUGGCAAUGAAAAGGCUAAGACCUAUUAAUGAAUACUGCAGGGCCCUCAUUCAGCUGCCAGUCUACAUCUCCCAGUGCGAGGAGGUCAGAGUGUUUUUUGAGACCAGACCUGAAGACCUCAACCCACCCAAGGAGGAACCCAUUGGGAAGAAGAAAUCAGGGUUUGUGGAGAGAGCAACUACUUUCCUAAAGCGAGGAGACUCCUCCUCAGCAGACCCUCUUGUACUCGACCAGUAUGUGGCAGUAACAGACUAUGAGAAGCAGGAGAGCUCUGAGAUAAGCCUGCAUGUGGGGCAGGUGGUGGAGGUCAUUGAGAAAAAUGAGUCUGGGUGGUGGUUUGUGAGUUCAGAAGAUGCUCAGGGCUGGGUCCCUGCCACCUGCCUUGAGGCCCAGGAUGACCCUGAUGACUUCAGUCUUCCAGGAGAAGAAGUGCCACGGAGAUUCUGGUCACUGCCAAGGCAUAUGGGUCGUCGCAGAACUUUAGGGGAUCUAUUCAGCACAGGCUUUGGGCAAGAAGAGAAGUAUUCAGUGAUUUACCCGUACUCGGCCAGAGACCAGGAUGAGAUCGACCUGGAGAAAGGCAUGAUUGUUGAGGUUAUUCAGAAGAACUUGGAAGGCUGGUGGAAGAUCAGGUACCAAGGCCGCGAGGGCUGGGCCCCAGCGUCCUACCUGAAGAAGGCUGACAUGCAGAAGCAGUCAGCAGGCGCUCCUCCUCAUGCCAGUACAAAUGACCUAGAUGGGCUUUCUAAACAAAUCCAGCAAAACAACGCCGCUAGAGAAAACCGAGAGAAUAGCCAGAAGGAAAACAGGCUCUCGGUUUUCUCUGAGAACAACAAAAUCAAAGUGGGAUCAAGACACAGACCUCCUCCACGCAGAGAUCUCACCAUUCCACGUGGUACAAACUUACCCAAGCCACCCGUCCCUCCCCAAGUUGAGGAAGAGUUCUACACCAUAGCAGACUUUCAGACCACCAUCCCUGAUGGUAUCAGCUUCCAAGCUGGAGUCAAAGUUGAGGUGAUUGAAAAGAAUGCAAGUGGUUGGUGGUACAUCCAGAUCGAUGACAAAGAAGGCUGGGCACCUGCCACUUUUAUUGACAAGUACAAGAAGACCAGCAAUGCCCUGCGACCCAAUUUCCUCGCCCCGUUGCCCAAUGAGAUGGAGAAGCUGAGGCUGGAGGAUGGUGGUUGUUCGAAUGUUUCAGGUACAGAUGACAACUGGUCCAAGCCUUUACCAGAUGAGCCAAAUGCAGCCUCUGAGUCCUCUACGCGCCCUAAGCUCAGAGAUUGGAAGUCCAAUGCCAGCAAGGGGCCCUCUUUCUCUGGGCCUUUGCCCCCAGCCCCAACUGCACCUCCCGCUGAGGAGAAACCUGCUUUGCCGCCUCGAAGAGAGUCUAUUAAUAAGAGCUUUGAAUUGGAGGUAGCAGAGAAAUCAAGGUCAGAUAACUCCAAACCUUUGCCUCCAAAACCCCCAGCUCCUGGGGUCAUCAUGCCACUGGUUACACCUAAACCUCCCCCCUUCAAAUCAGACAAACCCCCAGAGACCAAGAAAGAUGAAAAGAGCAAAGCUCUUCACCUUCGAAAUGAGAUGGGUCUUGAAUGUGGCCACAAGAUCUCUGCCAAAGAGGUGAAGAAGUUUAAUCUGAAACCUGUACCUAAACAGCCACCAAAACCCAAGCCAGAAUCACAGGAGGAGAAAACCGAGGCACCGGGCCCAGCUGUGUUUAUGAAGGCAAAGCCAGUGGUCCGACCUAAACCUGUUACAGCUACCAAGCCAGAUCCCCCAGGGGAGAACAAAGUAGACAUCACCAACUUGAGAAGCAAGUUGAGACCAUCUAAGCCGGCAGAUGCUAGCUCAACAGAGGUGAACCAUCAGAAUGACGCCUCGCCAGCAGUAAAUAGUUCCCACACAAGUUCACCCCCUAGCUCUCCUCCAGUGAGCAUCCCACCUCUGAAUAACGGUAAGUAUUCUAAUGAGCCAAAACUUCCACCAAAACACAUCAAUGGUCAUGGCCAGGAGAGCUCAUCGCCUCUUGCAAAACCAGCAGUGCCUCCCCACAAGGAACCCCCUCAGAGACCGCCGGCCACGGUUCCAAAAAGACCACCCCCUCCAAAGAAAACUGAUCCAUCAAGUCCAACUGAACUUAAAUCUUCACCAACUCUUAAAGAAACCCAGGACGUUCCCAAGGCUGGACCACCACAGCUCAGCAGACCACCUCCCCCAAAACCCAAAGGGUUUCAGGCACCAGCAAGCAAAGAGAAGGAAGAGCCCAAGGUGAAUAAAGUCCCAAUUCCUCCAAAGCCCCAGCUGAAGCCUGGGCCACCCAAGGAUAGGCUUCCACCUUUACUCAAGGAGCCCAGCAAGGAUGAGCUGUAUCUUGCUGUGGCAGACUUUGAAGGGGAUGAGCAAACAUCCAGCUUCAAGGUGGGCACAGUGUUUGAGGUUCUGGAAAAAAACAGCAGUGGCUGGUGGUUCUGUAAAAACGUAGGAGAAGAAGUCGAGAGCUGGAUCCCCUCGAAUUACCUGAGCAAGAAACCUUAGGAAGUAAAUGUGCUCGCACAUAUCGCCAUAUGAACAUAUAAGUAACUUAAUGAUCUAAAUGAACAAGAUCUCACUAAUUUCUUGCUACUUAGCCUGUUUUUUUUUUUUUUUUUUAAUUUAUAGGUACAUUUUUUUUUAUUGACACAUUUUGUUUUGUUUCAUUUUUAUACAAAUAUUUUACCUACCAACUGAACCAGCAAUAACACAUGACCUUGUUGGGUUUUGUAAUGUUUACUUUUUUUGUUUUAUGUCAACUAUAUAUGAAAUCUUAGGUUAAAAAAAAAAAGUAUCUUGCCUUUGCUGCCGUAUGUUAGUCACCGUGUCAGUCUCGCCAUUUCUCGGGCUAGAAACUAGAAGAGCAGUAAAUGUAUCUACACCCUUGCCUUUUAAUAUAUGGUGCCUCAAUAUUAUAUGCGAAGUGCUUCAGCGCUUAUUAAAUGGUAUGCAAUGGUAGACAUAGUCCUUGUUGGAGUCUUGGAGUCAUUUUACUAUAAAAUCAAGAAUCGCAUUAUACAUUGCAAGAGUACAGAGUAGACGUUUAAAUUAACUCACUGGGGGAGUUCAUUGACUACAUCUGAACUUUCAAGCGCUAAUAGUUGGUUAUCUCUUUGCCCAGUGCUGUUUGUUACCUUGGAGACGUGCAUAUUAGCGUUUCCGUGUUGUAUUGCUUUUAUUCUGACUGCAUAAUUAAUGUUGCAACGAAUUGUAACAGAUGUGCACUUUCAGUCAUUUCAGCUGAAGUUUAAGGUUUGCACACACUGAAAGAAAGGGGAGAAUGCCACGGUGCAUUUAGUUUUAUAAGCCAUUUUCAGACUGCUUUCUUUAUUUGUGUUAUCCUCACUGUAGCAAAGAGGCUAUAUUAUCCAAACUGAGAAGGCAAGAAGGGUCUAUAUAUCAAAGUAUUUUAACAUAACUGUUCUCAGAGCCAUCAGUGGGAUUUGCAAAAUGUGAACGGCAGAGCACAUCUGCCCAUCUGACAUAGCAAUUGAAUACCUACAGUCAUUUGUGCAAUGAUUUACAGUAUUGUAAAUGUACAAUCUGUUCGUAACCGAAGUGUGGUGCUCCGAUAACAAAGUAUGACCGUUGUAUAAGAAUAAUGUUUUACAUUGACGCUUGACUGGUCUCAAGUAUGGUCGGUGAAACAAAUUAUUUUUUAUUGUACAGAAAUGAGUCAUAUCUUAACUAUUGUCACUUUUUUUUUGAUGUUCCAUCUAUUUUAUCCCCCUCUGUGCUGAUCAAAGGGUUAGAAGAAGAAAGUUUCAAGAAGGUAUUUGGUUGUUGAUUUGGUUGAUGAUAGGAUUUAAGUAAUUAAGGAAAGGUUUGGGGAAACAACUGGCUGGUAAUCUAACAAUUGGUCCAUAUCUCAAGUGUUUACAAAGUACCAAUUGUCUGACACUAAAAAAAUAAAUCUGUUCAUAGUUAUGAAGAUAAUUAGACAAGGCUGCAAGCUGUAUAACACUAAUUCUGUUCUGCUUGUAGUUGCUAUAAUGUUAUACCAUCUUCCAAUCAUACCAAAGUAUGUUACCAACUUUAAAAAAAAAAAAUCCUAAAGUGAAAUCCUAAAGGGAAAGGACAGAAGUACAAUGCAAGGCAAGUGUAUAGGGGUUAUUUCAGUAUUGUAAACUGUUUACUUUUUUGCUAUGUGUUUUCAUUACAGUGUAUCUGCUUUUGCUUUAAGUCAAUAAAAGUUUUGUGAUUUUUCACUUCA